AAUUGGCCUGUAACACCCCUCUUUCCUGAGGUGGUAGAAGCGGCGCGGCGCGGGCCGGUCAGGCUGUUGGUCACAGUCAGUGAGAGCCGAGCGGCGGAAGCGGUAGCAGCGGUGGAAAGAGAGGCCAGCGGAGCGGUGUGAAGCUAAGUCGGAGAGGGACCGGCCGAUUAGAGAGAAGUCAAGCCAGUGAAAACAGGGACCGAGCGAGAGGAGCCGGGGGUGUCUGUGUGUGCGCGUGUCCCCGGGCCGGAUGGGAGCGGCGGCUCGAUGGCGCAGCCGGGCUGUGUGAGGUCGAGAGGCCGAGUGUCGGUGGAUAAGCUGCGCUCCUGGUGGGAGGUGCCGGCCAUCGCUCACUUCUGCUCCCUGUUCCGGGCUGCCUUCUCGCUGCCCGACUUCGAGAUCGAGGAAUUUGAAGAUGCGUUGCUGGUCGAUAACUGGGAAUUCUUAGAGGACCUAGUUUCCAAGCUACUUCGAGGAUGUUAUCAACGCAAAGAUAUUAGCAUAGAGAAUUUUCACGUGUACCUUGAAGACAUCAUACGGCAUAGAUGGGAACUUGAAGAGGGAAAGGAAAACCCACUGGAGGGAAUCCAUUUUAGGGCACUUUCUACCCGAGUAAUUAUAGAAAUUUUGCACAAACUUUGUGAUUAUCGUCUGGAUGCAACAGAUGUGUUUGACCUACUCAAGGGUCUUGAAGCAGACAGCUUAAGAGUAGAGCCCCUCGGAGAGGACAGUGUCGGAGCACGAUACUGGUAUUUCUAUGGCACCAGAUUGUACAAAGAACUUCCUCCACCAAAACCACCCAAGGAAACAUCAAAACCUAAAGCACCAAAGAACGAUAAUAAAAAAGGAAAGAAACUUAAGGAAGAGGGAAAAACAAAAAAUUUUGGAGUCAUGCAUAAAAAUAUUGCAACAAAGAGCAAAGAUGAAAAGCAGAAGAAGAAGUGGAAACUUCGUUACAGUUUAUCUAAAACAAGUGAUAAGUUUGAAAGAGUUGAAAAGGAAAGUGGAAUCAUUGAUGGAACAUCUGAUGAAGAAAGUAAUAUGCAAAAGGAAAAUGGUUCUGCAGGAUAUUCUGAUUCUUCAACGAUGAUGCACCUAGAAGAAUGGAGUACUUGGUCUCUUGUGUGUCACACUUUGGAAGAGUGGCAACGUCUCGCUGAUGGUUUCAGAGAGAGCCAAUGUUCAAAAGAGCGGAAGCUAUACAAAAUUUUGACUGAGAACUUUAUUCCUGAAAUCAGCAAUCUGAUUGUACAGAAGGAGAAGCAGUUGCAGAAGAAAUAUGCAGAAAUUGUUCCUCGCAGAGCCUCUGAUCGUCUCCUUGUGAAACGUACUCAGCAGGAAGAACUUACGUCUUCUGUUUUGAAGCAGAGGCAAACCCUAUUCGGUCAACUGGGUGAAAAGGGUGUGAAAGAUGGAUUUUACCUUGCAGCACAGAGGCUGUAUACACCACAAGAAAUUAAGCGUAUUGAGGAAGAAGGAAAAAUUCUUGCCCGACAAGAACGGGCAAGACGUCGUCAAUUACGAGAAGAGAGACAAAUGUCCUAUGUAAAAAGUACCCUGAAGAGAAAGUGUAAUCCUAAAGCACCUUCUCCAGCUAAACAUGAGGAACCUAUUAAGAAAAGACCUGAAGUGCAUUAUACAGACGAUGAAGAGUAUGUUUCAAUGUACAAAGUGUUAGAUACUGUAAAAGGUCACAAGGAUUCAUGGCCCUUUAAUGAACCAGUGGAUGAAUCCUAUGCACCUGGUUACCACAAAAUCAUUGAGGAACCAAUGGAUCUCUCAACUAUUGAAAAUAAGCUAAGCAAAAAGAAGUACAGCAGUAAAUGGGCAUUUGAAUCAGAUUUUAGGCUUAUGUUUGACAACUGUGAACAGUACAAUGGGAAAGGAAAUGAGUAUACCCAAAUGGCGCGAGCUGUAGAAAGGUGCUUCAACAAAGCAAUGGCCAAGUACUUUCCGAAGGAUGAAGUGGAUAGUGAUGAUGAUUUCCAAGCUAAAAUGAUGUGGGAGAAGAAAGACAAGCACAAAAGCAAGCUUAAUCACUUGGCUAAUGAUGAAACUGAGAUACUCACUGAAACAACUGAUCAUGUCUGUGGAACACACAAAGUCAAUGGUUUUGUAAACAGUCGUCCAACCACCAAUGUUCCACACAUCAUUGCUGAUUCCAGCAAGAAGGAAGGUGCUGACCAGCAGCUUUGCAACAAGCUACCUUUGCCAAGUCAAAUGCAAAUUAUGGAAGAAAAGAAAAAUUCAGCCAGCAGCCCACACCCAUGUUCUGAAGUCAUUCAUCAGUCUCCGAUUCCUAGGGUACCAGAACGGAUUGUUAUGGAGCCAAUACGGAAACGGUUUCAGCAGCAAUAUCGGAUGCAGCAACAAAUGUUGAUGAAUGGGCCAAUAACACCUGCUUCAGUUGGACCUAGUUCUACAAAAUUACAAACAGUUGGCCUUUCAUCUGAUGGUCAUGGGGAUGCACCACUUCACACUGGUAUGCCUGCUGACCCUGUUGGUGUCCAAGCACCAAAACAUUCCCCUGUGUGUAAACCAAAUAGAUCUGCAAAUCUGGGCCUUCAACAGACUCGGACAGAAACACUCAGUUCCCACGCAGCCACUGCUGUCCCAAUGACGCAUGGAAACAGAGAAGCAACUGUACAGCCACAUGUGUCAAGUGGUGAUUGUCAUGUGGCAGAUAUAAAUCAGACUAAAGCAGCAGAAUCGCCUGGAUACUUGAACCAUUCCAGUCACCAUCCUCAAGACAGACUUCCAGAAGGGCAGCCUAAUCCCAUGACACAUCGGGCAGUGUCAAUGGAGAAUGCAAGUCCUGUUGUGCAGACUCAUCUGACAGCAACAAGUAAUUCAAUAAGUAAAGCUAGAAGUCCUGUUAAAAAUGAAACUUUACCCAACGCAUGUGGAAUUUCUGUGCAAGACAAUGAACUGCAUCUAAGUCAGCCUAAUGUGCAAACUUCAGAUUUUAAUCUGGAUAAAUCUCCAAGCAGUCCACUCGAUCAAACCCCUCAAAGAGCACCUGUUAAAGGUGUACAUCUAGAUCAAACAACCUACAACAAUUUGUUUUCUACAGAUCAGCAUUAUCUGGUGAACAAAGAGCCUACUUCUAAUAAAGUAACCUCUCUAAAUACCUCAGCAGCUAAUCUACUUCAGCAAGACACUACAAGAAAAAGCACAGAAUCAGAGAGACUUGGUGGAAUUUUAGCACUUAAGAAACAGAAAUUAUUUCAAAGCAAUGAAGUUGGAGAAAAAGACUCUGAAGGAUGCAAAUUAAGGGAGGAGCAGAAUUUGUUACUGUCAAAUAGUUUAACCACUAGUGGAAAGCAAAGCAUGAGAAAUCCUAAAUCAACAGAAAAUCUGAGACUAAAAUUAGCAAACAAUGCAGGAACACAUUCAAAUCUUCCUAAUUGUAGUGGAGGAACUAUUGGUAGUGUUCAGCAUCGAAACCCUGCAAUGCUUGUUGCUCGCCCUGACACAAGGCAUCAAUUUGGAUCAGUGCCAGCUUACUUGCACUAUGUGGGUUGCAAUCCUGAGAACCUGGCAUCAGCUCAUUCCUUUGUCCAGCAUGCUCCUCAUCUUAUGGUGGUUCAUCCAAUACAAGGCCAGGGUUCUCAUUUGUACCAGCAUCCGAUGGAGCAGCAACUGUCCUCUCAUAUGAACAAUAUUGGCUAUCACCCGCAGCAAUCGAUUCAGUCUGCUGUAAUGCCUGAUAGGAGUUACCUUGCAGGGCAACCUGGUUUGUACAACCAGUCACCACUUUUAUUCUUAAGAGAGGGCAGUGGGCAGUCACAGGCGAUUCUAAGGGAAAGAACUGACAUGUAUUCUGAGCACCAAAUAUCGGAAAGAAAUGAAUGCAAACCUGUGCAUGAAGCUUCAAUACAAAAGCAGAAAAGUGAGGCAUUAGAGAGAGUUGUUGUGGCUUCCAAGAUUGAAAACAAUGGGGAAGCUAGUACACAUGGUAGAUCACAAGACUAUUUAGAUUUUGAAGGCCAAACUGCAACUAAAAGGCAAAAGGUUAUUCAUUCAGUUUCUGCAACUUAUAAUACUAGUCAAAUAACCAGUGGAAUUUAUUCACAUCAAAUUCCACACCCUGCACUUUAUGCUAAUGCACCAUCCCAUAAUGUACAGAGACUGCCUUAUGGUCAGACAUAUAAUCCACAACUACUGCGUGUACGUUCAGUAAUAACUUCAACAUCCAACCAUGUCAUACCCCAUCAAGUGAUGAAUCAAGGCCCUUUUGGAAUGCAAUUACUUAGUCAUUCAGAUAUGAAACCUAACUCUUACCCUGGAACUGUAAUUGUACAAAGACCACCAUUCAAUACAAGUGGGGAUCUCUACAUGAUGAGAAACCUGCUGCCUGAUUAUCCAGUUCUCAAACAUAUGGGGAGAAGGGAUCCUGAUACAAUGCCACAACCUCAAGAUAAAGUAACACCCACUCCUUGUAUGAACCAGCCCUGAACAAACACUUUGAUGCAGCAAGUGGAUGUGGCUCAGGAAACUCAUUUUAAGCACUGAAAAUACUGUUAUAGUAUUACAGCUGAUUUAACUGUGAAUUGUGGCCAAGGACCAUUUCUGUAGUGGAAGCUUAAACUCAGGUUUAUAUAGUGUGAAUAGAAAAUUUUCCAUAAUAAGAAUUUGAAAUAAAGUUAAGUUUGUUACACAUUUAUUUUGACCUGAAAAUGUUUUGUAACCUGCCUUAAAGUGUAUGUAAAUUGUAUAUAAAGUUUGCAUCACCUUGCUUGCAAAUUUGGGAAAAUCAUAACAGGAAAGAAAAUAAUUUAUUAAUUGUAUAUGCUGUUCAUUCCAACGAUUAAAAGGUAUUGUUGCCACUAGAAAGCAAAAUGAGGAUAAAAGUGUGUUUAAACACAUUGUGACAUUGGCAAACAGCUGCUAAACUGUGACAUUAGGUUUUUUCUUGUGUUUACUUUUUAGUAUAUGGAUUCAAAAAUGGUUUACAAUUAGUGUUGUACUCAAUGUACUUUAUUACCUUGUACGCUGUGAAGCUGCAUUUGGAAUGCUUUUUGCAGAACAGACCUUUUGAAAAGGUGGCCUUUCGUUCUCAAUUUGCCUAGCUAGGAAUAUUCAUGAAUUGUAGGGGUAUAUGAAUUCUAUUUUGUUAUUUAUGUAUUAAAUGUUUUAAAAAAUCUGAGGAAUACAUACGGCUAAUUGGAAAAAAAAAUGUUUUGCAAACUUUAGAGUACUGCUGUCUGUCUAUGUACCAGCUGCACUGUUUAUAUGGCUCUUCUCAGGAAUAAAUAAAACUUUGUGUAUUCCACCUGUCAUAAGACAUGGAUUUUAAACACCGCUUUAUCAUUCACUGUAAAUAACUGAGCUAUAAGAUUAUUUGAGGGAAAUAUUCUGCACUCUGUGUUUUUUAAAAAAUUUGCAGUUUGAGAUAACAACCAGACAUUACUGUGGAUCAUGAGGCCUUGGACACAGCAACCUACAUUUAAGGAAACUAUGUGCCCUACCCAUAAUUUUCUGUCCUAUGCGUGGAUAUUAGUAAGCACCACGCACUUUAUUUUCACUAAGUAUCCUCACUUCGUGUGGAGAUGCUGUCCAUUCCACUCAAAAUCGAAUGCUAAUAUUUUGUGGCUGUUUUACAAGCACUGUGUUCUUUGGACAAGAGCAUAGCUACACAAGAAGUGACUUUACAGUCAUCCUAUCCACUUUUUCUGGUUUAUAUGUUUCUUCAUCGAUACCAUCAGACUGCAUGGAUGAUUGAACUCUGGUUUGUUUCACCUCCCUGUGACAUCUUAUGCCUGCAUGGUAUAUUGAAAGUGACAUUUGUGGGGAGAGCUCAAGAAAGCUUUUCAAAAAGCUAGAAUUUUGUGCUGCAAUAAAAUAAAGGAUUUGAGUAAA